AUGCGGGCUGGCAGCAGGGCUGGGGUGGGAGGGGAAGAGGCCAAGGGCAGGGAGCAAUGCUCUGCAGCUUGGAGGAAGUGUGAUCACCGCUGCCCGCCGAGGGCCAGACGCGCCUGGCAGUGCCAACAGCUGGGCAAGGGCACUGCGGCAGGACUGCGGUCUGCUGGGAGGACAUGGGCUCUGGGCUCUCGUGGCAUCUGCUACCUGGGCAUCGCUGCCAUCGCAUGGGGCACAGUAACGCGGGUGGAGGUGGGCGCCUGGACGUACCACUACAGUGACCAAGGAGACUACACAUGGGAGCAGGCCAGGAACUACUGCCAGACCUUCUUCACUGACCUGGUGGCGAUCCAGAACAAGCGGGAGAUUGAGUACCUCAACGAGAGCCUGCCCUUCCAUGGGCGCUACUACUGGAUCGGCAUCCGCAAGCUGGGUGGCAUCUGGACCUGGGUGGGUACCAGGAAGGCGCUGACAAAGGAGGCGGAGAACUGGGCAGCCGGGGAGCCCAACAACCGCCGCUCCAACCAGGACUGCGUGGAGAUCUACAUCAAGCGGCAGCAGGAGUCGGGCAAGUGGAACGACGAGCCCUGCAACCGGAGGAAAAAGGCACUGUGCUACCGGGCCUCCUGCCAGCCCUUCCCGUGCAGCCAGCAUGGCGAGUGCGUGGAGACCAUCAGGAGCUACCGCUGCGAGUGCUACCCCGGCUUCCACGGCCCUGAGUGCGAGGACGUUGUGCAGUGUGCCGAGCUCAAGCCCAAGGGAGUGCGCAUGAACUGCAGCCAUCCCUUCAGAGACUUCAGCUACAACUCCACCUGUGCAUUCAAGUGCCAGGAGGGGUUUGAGCGGCGAGGGGCAGGCACGCUGCGGUGUCUGCCUUCCCAGCAGUGGUCAGCAGAGACCCCCACCUGCACAGCCAUCACGUGCCCCCAGCUGGCUGCCCCCGAAAGGGGCCAGGUCAAUUGCUCCCACCCGCAUGGCACGUUUGCCUUCAGCUCCAUGUGUGCCUUCUCCUGCCAGGAGGGGUUUGAGCUGACGGGAGCGCGGAGGCUGCGGUGCACGGCUGGUGGGGUCUUGAUGGGUCCCCCUGCCCUGUGCUGCAAAGCCAUCACCUGCCCAGUGCUCAGUGCUCCAGACCGGGGAGAGCUGAACUGCUCCCACCUCCAUGGGGACUUCACCUUUGGCUCCACGUGCACCUUCUCCUGCCAGACAGGGUUUGCACUGAUGGGGUCGGAGAGCCGCAAGUGCGUGGCCACAGGGACAUGGACUGGGGAUGCCCCACGAUGUGAAGCCAUCGCCUGCCCGGUGCUCAGCGCUCCAGACCGAGGAAAGCUGAACUGCUCCCACCUCCACAGGGAUUUUGCCUUUGGCUCCACGUGUGCCUUCUCCUGCCAGAUGGGGUUUGUGCUGAUGGGGCUGGAAAGCCGCGAGUGCACGGCAAUGGGGACCUGGACUGGGUACUCCCCACGCUGUGAAGCCAUGGCCUGCCCGGUGCUCAGUGCUCCAGACCGGGGAGAGCUGAACUGCUCCCAUCUCCAUGGGGACUUCACCUUCAGCUCCACGUGUGCCUUCUCCUGCCAGAUGGGGUUUGUGCUGAUGGGGCCAGAGAGCCGUGAGUGCACGGCCACAGGGACAUGGACUGGGGAGUCCCCACGAUGUGAAGCCAUCGCCUGCCCAGUGCUGAGCGCUCCAGACCGGGGAGAGCUGAACUGCUCCCACCUCCACGGGGACUUCGCCUUCGGGUCCACAUGUGCCUUCUCCUGCCAGACGGGGUUUGCACUGACAGGGCCAGAGAGCCGUGAGUGCACGGCCACAGGGACAUGGACUGGGGAGUCCCCACGAUGUGAAGCCAUCGCCUGCCCAGUGCUGAGCGCUCCAGACCGGGGAGAGCUGAACUGCUCCCACCUCCACGGGGACUUCGCCUUCGGGUCCACAUGUGCCUUCUCCUGCCAGACGGGGUUUGCACUGACAGGGCCAGAGAGCCGUGAGUGCACGGCCACAGGGACAUGGACUGGGGAGUCCCCACGAUGCGAAGCGAUCGCCUGCCCGGUGCUGAGCGCUCCAGACCGAGGAAAGCUGAACUGCUCCCACCUCCAUGGGGACUUUGCCUUUGGCUCCACAUGUGCCUUCUCCUGCCAGAUGGGGUUUGUGCUGAUGGGGCCAGAGAGCCGUGAGUGCACAGUCACAGGGACUUGGACUGAGGAUGCCCCACGAUGCAAAGCCAUCACCUGCCCAGUGCUCAGUGCUCCAGACCGGGGAGAGCUGAACUGCUCCCACCUCCAUGGGGACUUUGCCUUUGGCUCCACAUGUGCCUUCUCCUGCCAGACGGGGUUUGCACUGACAGGGCCAGAGAGCCGUGAGUGCACGGCCACAGGGACAUGGACUGGGGAUGCCUCACGCUGUGAAGCCAUCAAAUGCUCAGCACUGGCCAUCCCCAAGAUGGGCCAGGCUGCCUGCUCCCACCUCCACGGGGACUUCGCCUUUGGCUCCACGUGUGCCUUCUCCUGCCAGAUGGGGUUUGCACUGAUGGGGCCGGAGAGCCGCAAGUGCAUGGCCACGGGGACCUGGACUGGGGACACCCCGCGAUGCAAAGCCAUCAGCUGCCCAGUGCUGGGCCCCCCCAGCAGAGGCCAGCUGAGCUGCUCUCAUGUGCACGGGAAUUUCACAUACAACUCCACAUGCACCUUUUCCUGCGAGGAGGGGUUUGUUCGGAUGGGAGCAGAGGUGCUCCGGUGUGCGGCCACGGGGAACUGGACCAGGCCUCCCCCUGUCUGUGCAGAGGACAGUGCCCCCUUCUUAAAGCAAGUCCUGGCUUACAGCAGUGGCACAGCUCUGGCGGCAGCAGGUGUCGUGCUCUCAGGGACGCUCAUCGCCCUCCUUGCCAAGCGGCUCAGCGACAGAGAGGAGAAGAAGAAGCUCCUGAACUCCACCAGUGACCUAGGAUCACCGGGCAUCUUCACCAACGCAGCGUACGAUGCCAACCUGUAAGCCUGGCUGUGACCAAAAUCCACCACGUCCCCCAGCGCUGCAGGCACAGCAGGGGCUGCUGCCGGGGCCUAGAGGGACUCCACGCCUCUGGCUGCAGUCCAGACCAACGCUGCCGGGUGAAGACCGCACCCACACUGCGUGUACAUCCCCCCUCCCCCGCCCCGGGGAGGGGAGCUGCCUUCCUGCACCACCCACGCAUGAAGACCUCUGAAGAUCAGCCUGGGGCCGCGGACCGCCUCCAUCGCCGCCAGCCCCUUCCCCUCACGGAGCUGUCUCCCUCCCCUUGGACGUUCCCCCGCGGCUCCCCCGCUCG